AUGGAACCUUCCAAGUCACUUAGUACCAUUCAACAAGAGUUGCUGGAACAGAUAGAGGAAGCGGAUAUAAACUAUCGUGAAUUUAAGGUUCGUCGAGGUGGUCAGACAACCAAGGAAGCUCCCAACUUAAUUCCUUUUGGUGAAGAAAGACGUAUUGUUGGGUGUCUGUGUCACGAAGAAGGCCAUCAUAUCAGUUAUUUGCUCCUUUACAGGGGCCUCCCAAAGCGAUGUAGAUGCGGCCAUUGGUUUAAGUUGGUCGAUUUCACCGAAUAUGAAGCUGCCCGUGAUCGUUAUUGGAAGAAAAUUCAGGAUGAACCGGAAAACAAGAAGCUGAUGGAUGAUCUUGAUUCAGCUGAAUCUGAAUUGCAGAGGCUGCUGGAGGAGAGCAAAUCAAUGACACCCAAAUCUCCGGGGUCAAAUGAAAUGCUCGACAAGCUGUCUAUUCAGUGGAAUAAGUAUAAGAAUGCUUACCAUUUAAUUAGGAAGAAGAUUGAUGAGGCGUGUGUUACAGAUAUCCGGUAA